GUUGUCUGUUCCCUUGCAGAGGAAAGGCGAGGGGGCCAAGGCGGCCCUUCCCUUCCCCGCGGCAGCCAAACCUGUUCCUCCUCCUCCUCACCUGCCUUGGGUGUGGUCUGCGCUCAGGUCUGUUUAGUCAGGCAAAGGAGCGGCCCCUCCCCGCCUCGGCUUUUUCCGGGUCGGGUUGGCUCGCCUGCAUUUGGCCUUUCCGCAGACGGGCUCUGCUUAUCCCUACACACCAAUAUGAAACCCACCACCAUGGAGAUCCUGCUGCUUCUCUUGACUGCAUUCCCUGUCCUGGGGGCCAAUGAUCCUACUGAUCCAAACAGCCCCUUUUAUUACGACUGGCACUCGCUGCGUGUUGGCGGUUUGAUCGUUGCUGGCGUACUCUGUUUUCUGGGAAUUGUUAUCCUGCUGAGUGGAAAGUGCAAAUGCAAACCUAAGAGGAGAAACAGUGUCCACACCAUGCAAAAGCUCCCGCUUGCAGGAGAAACCAGUGAAUGCUGAGUGACGAUAAUGACUGCUCCCACUAACAUGCCAGCCAUACCUGACUCCUCUCUCAAUUGAUGUAACACACUGGAUCUUUCAAUGUUUUUUU